ACAAUACAAUACAAUACAUUAUAAAACGGUAACAAUGAUCCAAACAAAAUGUUACUAAACAACGAAGGUAUAUGCAUUAGUUUUUUGAUGUUACUAGAAAAUCAACUUCCUUUCUUUGUCCUCGACAAGCUUCAUGGCAUGACAAAGCAAGAUGAUGAAUUACCAUUGCCAAUUUUGUAUUGGGUUUUCUAGUUGAAUGUUAAUAUGUAUUAUAUUUCGAGUAUCUAUAUUUGUAACUUACCACCAUCAAAAGUCGUUAAGUAGCUCAAUUCAUAAAUAAGAUAUUCAAGUAUCAUCUCUUGUUGUAUCAAGCACACCUUAAAAGUGUUUUUCUUCAGCUAAACUUGAUAUCAAAUUUUACGAAAAUCAAAUGCAGAUGCUUAUAUGCCAAUAUUGAUCUCCAUUUGUCCUUGGCAUAAAACUAAUUCAAUUCAAACAUUAAAACUGAAUUUUUACCAAAAACUAACAAGCACUACUACAAAACAAGGUUAUAGUGGCAAUUAUUAUGAGUAAGUCUUCCGCUAAAAGUUAAAUCAGGCAAAGAGUUAGAUUGGGCCAUCAAUGAUUCUCAAGUAUCUGCCAUGUACGGGGUGUAGGCUCGGGCAUGACAAUUUGUGUGUUCGGAACUCUAAAUACACAAAUCAGAUAGCUACAAAACUAAACUCGACGUUUCAGAGUUAAAGUUUCUUGACCCGAAACCUUAGAAAACCGCAAUAAACUAAUUUUUAUUCGGAAAUACCAAAAUACCCUCUGAACCUCUGAAAUUGAAACCAAGACCUCACCCAAGGGUAAAAUCAUCCUCUAAAUCCAAUGAGACCGUUGAUAACUCCAUUCGAGCGUCUGAACUCCAAAUGUUGACCAAAAUUAAUUCUUGACCUAAAUAUAACUUAACUUCCAACUUUAGGGUCCAAAUCCUCAUAACAACUCUGUAACAUAAGACAAUUAUACUCCUAUAUCAAAUUCUACAUUCCGAAGUUGAUAGAUAUAACGAACUCCCAUUAUGAGACUCGUAACUUCGAUUGUUACUAAUAUUCAUUUUUAAUCACUUUAAGUCUCCACAACUCUAAAACUUUCAAAUAAUCUCUACUUUCUAAUCAAAUUUCAAAAUCAACUUCAUAAACUUAUCAAAUAUGACUUGAGACAACUAUCGGGAGGGUUAAAAUGAUAUUAUUCUAAAAUUUCCAAAAAUGACACUUUAGAAUCAUUACAACUAAUUAUUAUUUUUAUGUAGAUAAUAAUCAUAUCAAUUGGUACACAAUUAUUCCUUGUUGACUUCUAAAUUUUUUUAAACACGUCUCGACUUUAUUGUUAUUAAAUAUAGGGAAAAAGAAUAAAUAUAUCUCUAAAAUAUCAUAAAUGGUUUGUUGAUACCGCCUACGUUAUACUUUAAGAUUGUAUAUAUCCUUACCAUCAAUAUUUUGGAUCGUCUGUACCCUUAAGACUAACAGAUGACACAUGACAUCAUCUAAAUAAUUUACCUGAUUAUAUUUUUUUUAUUUAUCCAAAAAAUUGAAAACCCACUCAUUUUUCAUAACUACCUUGAAAAUAUUAAUGUACAAAACACCCAAUAACCUAGAUUCCUACUAAGCUAAAUGAGGCCUCUUAAAUCUGAGGGCCUAAAACACAUGUUUUUUUUUUAUAACACUGUCAUGUCAUCCCUGGUGAACUAGAUGGGAGAUGUCAAUAAAGUUACUACCAUCUUCAACAGAAGCGAAAAUAGGAUCGAUGUUAAUUCUAACUUCUAUUACAAAGAAGAAUUCAAAAAAAAACAAUUGAACAUUGUGAAAAGUCAUGGAAUAUAUAGAAUGAAAGCAAGUUUGACGCACAAUUAUUUUAGUAGUCCUUGAGUAGGAGCUUCAAAUGUGGCAGCCAUCAUACUCCUCAUAGUCACAACUAUACAGGCUAUUCUAGCUUUCAAAAGUUUUGUUAAGUAAGUAGUAAUGGUCUUAAUUGUAGUGUUGAUGAGCUUAAUCAGGAUUGUCACAACAAGUUUGGAGGCCUAAAGCCAACAUUAUGUUUAGACUUUUUGCAUCUGAACAAAAAAGAGAGGUGGAAGGUACGGGAAAAAAUUGUGUUUAGACGUUUUUCCAUUUGAAAUUUUCAAGUCAGCGAAAUAAAUUUAUAUUAUGUGAUUUUUCUAAUGACGUGUCAUUUGUUAGUUUUGAGAGGUAAAAGUGAGUCACUAUAAUAUUUUUACCCUAAAAAAUUAAACAAAGGAUAUAUUUGAUUUAUUUUCAAUAAUUGAAGGAUACUGUUAACCCUUUGGCCUUUUUCGAAUAUUAAAAAAUGGAUAAAAAAACUCACUCAUUGUCCAAAACAAAUAACAUAUUUCCGUAUCGUACCAAACGCACCCUAAAAGUGUCCUUAAAAAAAACUUUGAUGUCAAAUUUUUAGAAUAAGUGGUGGAUUCAAGACACACUUAAAAGUGUUAUUCUAUGAUAUGUUAUCUUAAAUAUAAAUGUCAUUACACUUUAUUCUAUGACACUAAAGUUUUAUAUUAUAUGAUACUUUUCUCAAAAGGAACUUUAUUUCAUGUUAGUAAUAUAGAGAGGCUUGCAAAUCACCCAAAGGAAAAUCUAUAUAUAAAUUUAUUUUCUCCAUCUCUCAUCCUUCACCUUCAUAAAAGUUGAGCAAAGAAGAAUUUAAGAAGAAACUCAACUACACUCCAACAAGUCCAUUUUCAAUUUAUAAAUGAAAGAGAAAUUAGAGUUGAAGAAAGAAGGAUGACACACUCCAUUGAGAUCACCUCAAUAGAAAACCAAAUUUUAUUGCUUUCUUCAAACCAAACAAGAUAAGGAAUUAGAGUUGAAGAAAAAGGGAUGGCACACUCUAUUGAGAUGACUUCAAUAGAUGACCAAAUUCCACUGCUUCCUCAAAGUGAAAAUGAUGAGAUAGAAGAAGGGAGGAAAGUGGAUCAUUUAAUCCAUAUAAAGGAAACAAACGGUCAUGAUCCAUCAGGGUCACAAACAAAGAAAUCUACAAAUCAAAUCUUUGAUGAAAUGUUUGAGGAUUUAGACAAUUCGUCUAUUAAAUCUUGUACCAUAUUCAAAGUAAUCGUAGGGCUAAGUGAGUCAAAUCCAGAUGCUUAUACACCAAAGAUGAUCUCUAUUGGUCCUUACCAUAAGAAAAAUCCUCAACUUCGUUCAAUGGAAAAGCACAAACUAUCAUACCUAAGACGGUUUCUUCAACGAAAAGAGGGGCUUGAUGUGGAAAGGUGUAUCAAUGAAUUGAAAGAACUGAAGGAGGAAGCAAUAAAGUGUUAUGAAGAUAUAGAAGACCUUGGUAAUGACAAACAUUUUUGCCAAAUGUUAUUGCUUGAUGGUUGUUUUGUGGUUGAGUUUAUUCGAGAGUGUUGUAAAAUAUAUCCAGAAGAAGAAGAAGAAAUUAUCAAUGUUCAUGAUUGUUACAUAUUUCGAGAUUUGAUGUUACUAGAAAAUCAACUUCCUUUCUUUGUCCUCGACAAGCUUCAUGGCAUGACAAAGCAAGAUGAUGAAUUACCAUUGGCAAUACAGGUGAAUAAUGUGUUUACCUUUUUUGUUAACUGGCCAAAAAUGACCCUUGAAUCCUCUGAAGAGAUAGAAUAUGAUGCAGAAAAUAUCAAACAUUUACUUCAUGUAGUACACAUAUUUUCAUGUCAUGGGAAUCCAAUGGAAGACUCAAAAGACAGCACAAUAUCUCAUAAGGUCAUGCCAAAUGCAACAGAGCUUUUCGAAGCUGGAGUUACCUUCGUUAAGGAAGAUAAACUUGGCGAUAACACAAAUUUAUUUAAUAGUAUAAAGUUCGAGAAUGGAUUGAUGAAAAUCCCUAGUUUUCGAGUCGAAGAUGAUACAGAAAUCCUCCUACGAAAUCUCAUUGCUUAUGAGCAACAAUCAUCUGAUGUGAUGCCAAAAUAUUUCAGUGAUUUUACAACUUUCAUGGAUUAUCUUAUCGAUUCAGACAAAGAUGUGACUUUACUUCGCCAAAAAGGAAUCACAGAGAACUGGAUAGGAGAGGACAACGAGGUGGCUAGCCUCUUCAACAAAAUCGGAAGUGGAGUUUUUAUCUAUUCCGAAUUCUAUUUCAAAGAAGAAUGCAUAAAAGCAAUUGAACAUUGUAAAAGACCAUGGAAUAGAAUGAAGGCAAAUUUGAAGCACAAUUAUUUUAGUAAUCCUUGGGUAGGAGCUUCAACUGUGGCAGCCAUCAUACUCCUCAUACUCACAGCUAUACAGACUAUACUAGCUUUCACAGGUCCCGUUAAGAAGUAAUUCUCAUGAUUGUCCCAAUUGUAAUUUUGCAAGUAUACAUGUUGAUGAGCUUAUGA